UAUUUCUUUAACCCGACGACAGACUGAGCCUGUAAACUAAUUUGUAAAAAGCUUCCAACUUUCCUAUUUAAAGCACCAAAAUCUCAACUGGGUUGCCACCAUUUUAUCUCUAAGCCCACCAUAAUCUCAGCUUUAAGCUCAAUAAUUAAGCUCAUAAUCCAUCCAUGGCGGACGUUUUUAUAAAAACAGAGGAGCCACCUUCCCAACUUAUCCCUCUUCUCGAUUCUAAUAACAAUAACAAUAACAACGACCACCACAUCGAUCCCCACAGCAACCGUCAUCUGGGAGGAGAAGAAGAAUUCAAAGAUACCCCAUUGGACCAAACCCUCCAAUGGCUAGAAACGUUUCUCACUCUCUUGGGCUUCAACCAAUCUUCUUGGUUGAGCCUUGCCCUGUCCUGGACGGCUCUGGCUCUCAUCGGUGUGGCUCUUCCGGUGGUUGUGCUUGUGGUGUUCAACUGCUCCGACUGUAAGAAGUAUCAGAUUAAAAGGUUCGAGAUCGUUAUCGUGGGCUCGCAAGCGAUUCUGGCAGCGGUCUCUGUGCUCUGCAUCUCCCCCAGGCUUCGCAAAUAUGGCAUUCGGAGGUUCUUCGUCGAUCGCUAUAGCGGUCAUAUCGUUCGGUUUCGAAACGAUUACAUCAAGCAGAUUAAGGAUUAUUUUUCGAUGCUUUUUGGACUGCGUUUUUUUUGA